AUGUAUUACGUCACAGCACAUGCAGUGUCGACCAGAACUCCAACCAAUUCCUCAAAAAGGCUGGGAACGAGAGCAAAGCACAGAAAUGAACUUUUCAUACAUAAAACGAGUCAAAGUCCUGAUCACCAGCUCCACGUUGGACAUAAUGAGAACAACGAUGAACGAGGCGACGAGGCCGCAGAGAAAUUGGAGCUCAAUAUUGUGGCAUAG